AUGGCUCCAAGCUAUGCAAGUAGGAGUUUUGAUCAAACUAAACUAGAAGAAGAAAUGAGAAAAAGAAAAGAACGAGUAGAGAAAUGGAGAGCAGAGCAGCGCAAAAAGGCAAUGGAAAAUAUUGGAGAACUGAAAAAGGAGAUUGAAGAGAUGAAACAGGGAAAAAAGUGGAGUCUUGAAGAUGAUGAUGAUGAUGAUGAGGAACCUACAGAAGGAGACAAAGAAGGUGGUGAGACUGAAGAAGGUGAAGGAAGUGGUGGAGGUGGGGAAAGUGGCGAAGGUGGAGAAGCAGAGGAGGAAUUGGACCCAUUAGAUGCUUACAUGGAAGAAGUAAAAGAGGAGGUCAAAAAGUUCAAUAUGGGCAAUGUCAAAGGAGGGAGCGAAAAGAAGUCUGGAACUGUAACUCAAGUGAUGACUGUGGUCAAAACCAAGAAAACAACUGGCGAAGGAAAAAAAAAGGGUGAACUCAUGGAGAAUGACCAAGAUGCAAUGGAGAUGAGUUCUGUUUAUGUAGUAAACCUUUAUAAUAAAACAAUUUCUGAGGAGCAGUCUGGUUUAUAUCUGAUGUAUGUUGUAGAUAUUUAUGCAUGA